UGAUACAGGACGAUGUGUGAGUGAUGUGAUACAGGACGAUGUGUGAGUGAUGUGAUACAGGACGAUGUGUGAGUGAUGUGAUACAGGACGAUGUGGAGCUGAGUGAAUUUGCUCACGGCUGGUACCAGCGGUGUCAAGAUCGGCCUCUGGAGGAGGAGGAGGCUCGUGAAGGACGCUACUGGACAGUUGGAGGCAGUCGCCCUCCCGCAACAACGGAGGGCAGAGGAGCGACGCUCUCUACAAAUGAGAGGAGCGCCGGGUGGCUAAAACACAUCGAGCUGGCACAGUAGAGGACACAGGUGUGUGAUGUCAUCUAUGGACGGCCCCGUUAUGUUUGCUGAUGAUCUGGUGAUUGCUGCUCACUCAGAGGAGGAGUUGGAGGCACUGCUGCUGAACCUGGAGUGUGUCACAAAGAGGUUGAAUGACAUGAAGCAGAGACUCAAGACAGCCCAGUGCUAGAAGGAAUUAAUGCGAGCAGUGUCCAUACGACAUGAGCCACACUGGACACAUUAAUUUGUACCACAAAUUACACAUGGCCAAGAAGGUCUUCAAGUGUACUGUAUGCGAGAAGGUAUUUCGACGUUCAUCACAACUUAGAACUCACCAGAGACAACACACAGGAGAGAAGCCCUUUAAGUGCACUGUCUGUAGUAAAGCGUUUACACGUUCAGCAUCUCGUCACGCUCACCAGAAAACACACACAGGUGAAAAACCCUUUAAAUGCACUGUGUGUGGAAAGGCAUUUGCAGGUUCAGGAAAUUUUGUGACACAUCAGAAAACACACUCAAGCGAUAAGCCCUUCAAGUGCACUUUGUGUGAGAAGACAUUUAAACGCUCAUCACAUCUCCAAAUUCACCAGAUAACACACACUGGCGCCAAUCCCUUCAAGUGUACUGUUUGUGGUAAAGCGUUUACACGGUCAGGAUCCCUUAACAUUCACCAGAGAACACACACAGGUGAGAAGCCCUUCAAGUGCACUGUGUGUAGUAAAGUGUUUACACGGUCAGGAUCUCUUAACAGUCACCAGAGAAAACACACAGGCGAGAAGCCCUUCAAGUGCACUGUAUGUGGUAAAGCAUUUACACAGUCAAGAUAUCUUAAGAAUCAUCACCAGAGACAACACACAGGCAAGAAGCCCUUCAAGUGCACUGUGUGUGGGAAGUUAUUCGCACGGUCAGACGACCGAAAUAGGCAUGAGAAGAUCCAUGUGGAGAAGGAGGUGGAAUCGAGCCCAUCUCGCAUGCAACAAGACCCAAAAGACAACCCGAGUUUAGCAACGUGGCCAGCAGUGAAGGUUGAACGGGAAGAAGUGAAGGGGGAAUGUGAAGAGGUGAAGGUGGAAUGUGAAGAAGUGAAGGGGGAAUGUGAAGAGGUGAAGGUGGAAUGUGAAAAUGUGAAGAUGGAAUGUGAAGAAGUGAAGGUGAAAUGCGAAGAUGAAGACUCAACUCCAGGCCCCGACCUCCAGGUGAAUGGAGGCAGCGUCAAGCAGGAGGAGCAUUCGGACUCUGAGGGAGGGCGAGGUGACCCCCAGAAGGUUGUGGAUGUGGAGGUGUGGGUGGAGUUUUUGGCGGAGGGAUCGUGCAGCGGUUAGCGUGCUGCCUUACGAGCGCGGGAACCCGAGUUUGAUUCCCGUUCACGUUCGACAUCGGUGACAAUUAUCUGAAUUGGUCCUGGGCCUCCCCUAGAUCAACUCAGCCUCAAAUGAGUACCUGGUGUGGUGCCUAAACACCACUGGGAAGACAAAGGUGGACGGGCAUGGUGCUGGCCACCCACCCCCUCGUGUACCGUGCCGGCCUUCAUCGGUGCUCGCUGCCACACUUGUCUUAAAAGUCUGUUCAGGCUCUCAAGGGGCAAAUUUAUCUUCGAAGUUUUUUUACAAAGCAGAUUGAGGGCCCAGCACGUUUGAAGUGGGGUCUGGAAAGGUCUGAAAGAAUUCCCAAUGAGGUCACCUUAUUUACAGGCAUCUCUUAUUACAACAAUACGUGCAGCUGUCGGCGUCAUCCACUCAGAGGUUACCUUUCAUUUAACGCAGCUACCCCAAAGCCUUGGGAACCACCUAAGAAGUUUCGUCUCUUGGAAUCUCCAUCCGGCCAUCUUCUGUCCUCAUUCAAACUGACUCUCUUAUUCAAAUCACCAACGUUUAGGUGUGAAUGCUAUUUUACAACGUAAUUACUAUUAUUACAUUUCUUUGUUUUAUCUGUAAUUGUGUGGAAUGCUUUGAUGUUACUUACUGGCCCGAGUCGCCCUUAAAACAAAUCUCUGCUCAAUGGGGUUUGCUCGGAAAAUAUACUUCUGGUUCUUCGGAUUCUGUAAAUCUUAGCAUUAUGAACGAAUGAUUACCCAUCAACCGAUUGUGAGUCUUGAUGUAGCAAGUUGCGUGUAUCAGGGUCACGUAUAGAAUAUGGGAUGUCUGGACAGAUCGAUUGCGUGGUAUGAAUAUGAGCAAUGUCCUUGUAUUCAUGUGACUGCAGAUCUUAAUUUUAGAACUUUCGUGACUGCAGGAAUUAUUAUUUGGUUCUUUCGGUUAAGUCACGUCUAAAGAUAAAAUAAUAAAUUAAAUAAUAGAAUACGACGUUUCGAUUGCAACACAAGCAAUCAUCAUCAGGUAUAAUGAAUUAGCGACAUAAAAUCUAACCAGAAAACUAUAGACAGACAUAUUAGCAGACAGAUAUCACCAAGAUACAUAGAGAGAGCAACACAGGUAACAGAGAGAGGUGAUCGUCUCUGUGGGGUGGCCUUAAAUAGACAGAGGGGGGCGGAGGCAGAGAGAGGGAGGGGGGGUUAGAGAAAAAAUUAGCAUAUCAAUGAGUGAACAACAAAAACGUGGUGCUGCAAGUGCGAUGACACGGCAAGCAAGCCUGAAAAUCAGGAGGACACACUAAAAUUAAAUAACCUAGUAAAAUAUCGAAAUGUAAUGUAAUACAACACAGAGGGUCGGUCAACACACAAUUAACGCAUAGCCUGGUUGAUUACGUAUUUCAAAGAUUGCUAAGUUAGAAUUUAAGUGUGAACAUUCCAAAGAGAGGACACAGGCAGAGAGAACAAGUAGUCAGAGAGAGAGAGAAAAAGAAGAUAAGUUUAAAACUUCCCCGUAGUGUGUGACUGCAGAUGUUUGUGCGACAUGAACUGUCAGCUUCAGCUUAGAAGUGUAGGUACCAUCUUCCUCUAGAGAACAAUUCGUAGUUUUCUUUAAAAUAAGGAACCUAAUGGGACCUGUCUCGGCCUCGCUGUGCGUUUCUCUGCACCACUUCGUCUAAUUACACAGCAAGGAUAAACGUCAAAACUCUAAUGCGUUUAAUUAAAAACAAGAAAACUGGUGUAUAAAUAACAGAUCAAAUGUAUAUUUUUAAACUUUUUUUUAAACACGCACUUAUGAAAUGUACUAAAAAGUAAAAAAUAAAUAUUUUCUGUUCAAGUACUUUGCAUUAUAUAUGUUUCAUAUACUCUUGUUGUAACUGACUAAAUAAAAGCGUGGGGCGCGCAUACUAUAUUUGAGCAAAUAUGUCUAUUCACAAUGGGAAGUAAGUGUUCAUAUCUUGAUAAUAUGUUGUAAUUUGAACGUAAAGGUUUUAAGCCGUAUAUUUUUGGGAAUGUCUGCAUUGAGAAUGUAAAGUUUAACACGUAGGCUUUUCGCGACCAAUAUUAUUCAUAUAGGUUAUUUUUGGGUCAGAUCGUGUUAUUUAUUUACUUUACAUAGAAUAGAAUGUAAAGUAACUUCAUAUGUAGUGAAUAUCUUAUUAUUGUAACGUAGAGCUUUUCACGUGUUGAUGAUUGUGAAUGUCUCGAUUGACAAUCGCAAGUAACUGGUGAUAUGUUGGUCAUGUAAAUGUGUAAGUUUUUAAGCCGUUUAUGUUUGUGAAUAUGUCUGCAUUGACAAUGGAAAGUAACUGCUCAUACAGUGAGGGGAAAAAGUAUUUGAUCCCCUGCUGAUUUUGUACGUUUGCCCACUGAAAAAGAAAUGAUCAGUCUAUAAUUUUAAUGGUAGGUUUAUUUGAACAGUGAGAGACAGAAUAACAACAACAAAAUCCAGAAAAACGCAUGACAAAAUUGUUAUAAAUUGAUUUGCAUUUUUAAUGAGGGAAAUAAGUAUUUGAACCCCUCUCAAUCACAAAGAUUUCUGGCUCCCAGGUGUCUUUUAUACAGGUAACGAGCUGAGAUUAGGAGCACACUCUUAAAGGGAGUGCUCCUAAUCUCAGCUUGUUACCUGUGUAAUGUGAGGUUAUAUCCGGGUCGCUGACGGAUCACAACUCGUCACGAUGAUUGGCUCUGCCGGUCCUGGUCCAUAGCCAAUGGGGGGAAGCCUAGGGGCGUGGCUCUGGAAAGGUGACAGCUGUAAAUAGAGGAUUGGUUCUGCUGGCUUUAGCCACAUCCAAUGGGGAGACGAGUCAGGGGCGUGAUCCCGGGAGCCUACGGUGGAGUCUGGAAGAUUCCAUAGAGGCUAACCAGGAUUGGUGGAAAGGUACCACGUGACCCGGGUAUUAAAUAGGGGUGGAAACGAACAACACGUGGUCAGAACUGGAACGAACGAAGGGAAGGGGCCACGCGGGAGCGGGGGUCCAGGCUGCCACGUGGCUGCGCGCGUCUCUCUCUUUCUAUCCCUCUCACGCUGUCUGUCAGCAGCGUGAAGGAGUGUUGUAAUGAAAGACAAAUAAAGACCGGAUUCCACAA